AGAGAUGCAAGGGGGAGGGAGACAAAGAAGGACAAAAACUACAAAAAACCUGGCAGAACAACCCGAACUAACGGAGAAACACGGAAGAACCAUGUCUGCGACAGGCGCAGGUGAGCAGGAACAUGUGGACGCCGAAGCUACAGAUAUGAUACAAGCAGGUUUGAAACACAUAGAGAGACUUCAAAAGCGACAUGAAAACAGAGUUAACCACAUUUAAAGAAGAAAUCAAAAAAGAAAUGAAGGAGGAACUCACGGACUUUAUGAGUAACAUUAACCAAAAGCUCAUAGCAACAACUAAUGAGCUAACAGCGCUAACCACCAGACUGGAUGAAGCCGAACAGAGUGGCCGACAUGGAAAGCUGGAACGAGGAGGUAAAAGACGCCCAGCUCCAGACGCUGAAACAACAGAGGAUACUGCAGGAAAGACUGGCAGACCAAGAAGAGAGAAACCGACGGAAUAAUAUCCGCAUUUUUGGCUUAAAAGAAGGGGUAGAGGGCAGCUCGGCCUCGCAGUUCAUCGAACAAUUUUUGAAACUGAGCUCUCCUUGCCAGCAGAAACAGACCUGCAAAUACAGCGAGCACACCGAGCUCUAAUACAAAAACCGGGCUCUGACAAACCUCCGAGGUCACUGGUGGUGAACUUUUUACAGUGCACGACAAAGGAGAAAAUACUGAAGGAAGCCUGGAAAAAGAAAAUCCAAUACCAAAACCGCGCACUGUUUUUUGAUCAUGACUACGCCACGGAGAUCAUUCAAAAAAGGAAGGAAUAUGUCAGCAUUAAAAGAGCACUCACGGAGAGAGGAAUCUGUUUCCAGACACCUCUGGCGAAAAUCAGAAUCCACUGGGAAAGCGGUCCGCGGACAUACGACAGCGCGCAGGAAGCGGCAGCGGAGCUGAACAGGCGAGGACUACAGGUGGAGGUACCCGGGAGAGGAGGUGCAGCCCGGACCGGGAUGGAAGAGCGGCUCCAGUGAGCGUUGCCGUGGCAGCGGAGCAGUCACUGAGGACACCGCAGAGCGAGCCAAACUAAAGCUCCAGGAAUUUCAAAGGAGAUAAAGGCAAUGCUAGCCCAGCCUCCAUUCACCAUGUGUUUGCGUGUCAAGUUUUACCCGCCUGACCCCGCUGCCCUGAAAGAGGAAAUCACCAGAUAUCUCGUCUUCCUGCAGGUCAAGAGGGACCUCUAUCAUGGACGCUUGCUGUGCAAGACAUCAGACGCUGCUCUGUUGGCUGCUUAUAUACUGCAAGCUGAGAUUGGUGACUAUGAUCCAGGAAAACACCCAGAGGGUUACAGCUCUAAGUUCCAGUUCUUUCCCAAACACUCAGAGAAGCUGGAGCGAAGAAUAGCGGAUAUUCACAAGACUGAGCUGAUAGGUCAAAGUCCAGAAACAUCAGAGCUCAACUUCCUGCAGAAGGCUCAGAUGUUGGAAACCUACGGAGUCGACCCCCAUCCAUGCAAGGAUGUGUCUGGUAAUCCAGCCUUUCUGGCGUUCACUCCUUUUGGAUUCACUGUGCUCCAAGGAAACAGGAGGGUCCAUUUCCUCAAAUGGGACGAGGUGACCAAACUCAAAUUUGAAGCGAAGACAUUUCAUAUAUAUGCAAAUCAGAAAGAGGAUAGGAAGAUCAUACUGACGUACUUUGCACCUACGCCUGAGUCCUGUAAGCAUCUGUGGAAAUGUGGAGUUGAGAAUCAGGCCUUUUACAAGUUGGAGAAAUCUAGUCAAGUCCGCACUGUGUCCAGUAGCAAUCUCUUCUUCAAGGGUAGUCGCUUUAGAUACAGUGGAAAGGUUGCAAAAGAAGUCAUGGAACAAAGUGCCAAAAUUCAGCGAGACCCUCCUGAGAUUCACAGAGCUGGCAUGGUGCCAAGUCGGAGCUGUCCAUCCAUCACUCACGGUCCACGUUUGACCAGCGUGCCCAGGACUCGACGGAGAGCCGUGCACAUCUCCAUCAUGGAAGGGCUGGAGUCCCUUCGAGACAGUGCCCACUCCACGCCUGUGCGCUCUGUCUCUCAUGGCGACUCUUUCAUGUCUUGCCGGGGUCAGAUAGUGGACGGCAGUGAGGCGAGCACAUCAGCGGUCAUCUCCGAUGAGGCUUACAGCCCUUCUGACAGCAUGCUGUCUACGCCUGUUGCCGAACACGGAAUGGAGACCGUGGCGGCACGUCACCUCAACGGCACCCCCUGCAGUGUUGAUGAGGAGAAUGAAUCAGAGGCAGGGACAUCGACUGAGGGUCGAGCGGCAGAGUUCAGGCUUAGUCGGCGAGCACUGCACAUGGUCAGAAGCAGACCAGCACCUCCUAGUGAUGUGGAGGAGCUGAACAAGUUCAUCCUUAGUGUCUUACGCCUGUUCCUGGUUACCAUUGGACUGCUGUUCGCCCUGCUGCUACUCCUCAUCAUGCUAACAGAGUCAGAGUUGGAUAUCGCUUUCUUGAGAGACAUCCGUAAGACGCCAGAAUUCCAGCAGUUCCAUUUUGAGUACUUCUGCCCUCUGCGGCGUUGGUUUGCUUGCAAGUUACGCUGGAUGGGAAGUUUCCUCAUCAGCAAUUGAGUCAGAGUUACAGAUGGAGAUGCGACACAUGGACUGGUCAGGAGGACAGGAAAUGACGG